AUGAAAACAACGAGACAAAAACCCCAGGCGUUCCAAUCGUCGUACGCGCCGCGACUCCGUAUCUACAAUAAUUCCCUCCUCACACCGGCAGUCGCGCCAUCGGCACCCACGGGACCCUUGUCACGAAUGACGAAGCGCGGCACCACCAUCAUCAACUACGCCGAAGAUGGAUAUGAUGAGAUUGACGACGACGAUGACGAUACGAGGCGCCGUCCCACGGGACUGCGAAGCUUGAGGAGGGGGGAGGAUCUCGCCAACAGGCAGGACGCACCAGAACGAGUCGCCAAGGAGACGCUGGAGCCUGUCGAGGUCCAAGGCGUGUCGCGAGAAUGGUUCGCCAAAGGUCGCUUCACGCGAAGUGACCAGCAAAACUCGGCCCAAGCUCUCCUACCCUUGACGCUGGUUCCCAUACGCAUCGACGUCGACAUACCCGCCUACGUCCCCGCGGCGCCCUGGGCGGCCAUUCCGGGCGUCGACACUACGCUCCCGCAGUUUCGACCGCAGGAGCUGACGCCUCCCUUCCGCCUGCGCGACAUUUUCAUGUGGAACCUUCACGAGGCCGUCAUGACGACCGAUUACUUUGCGCAGAUUCUGGUCCAGGACCUCGAUCUUCCAAACAGGCAACAGGUGGUGUCGGAAAUCAGCAAACAGAUUCGCACCCAACUGGAGGAGUAUGCUGGUGUCGCGCUACACCCUCUUUUUCACACCCAGCCGAGUAACAAUCUGCCUGCCGGGACCCCGAAACCCCUUCUUCUGAACCGAGACGACUCGGCGACCCCCACACCUCUCGCCCGCGCGACGAGCGGUGCCAACACGCCUCUACAGAACGGAGGCCUUGCCACACCUUCGUUAUUGAAGAAUGUCAAGGCCCUGCCUGACGUGACGGCCGCCGCGACCCCCAUCACCCCGGAAUCCGAAGACUACAACCCGGACGAUACCUACCGAUGCAUCGUCAACCUCAACAUCAACUUGUCCUCGACUCUCUACACAGACAAAUUUGAGUGGUCUUUGCUCCACCCGCCCGGAACCGCCGAGGCGUUUGCCAAGCAGACCUGCGCGGAUCUGGGACUGGCGGGCGAGUGGGUUGCUGCCAUGACGCAUGCCAUCUACGAGGCCGUGCUGCGGCUCAAGAAGGAAGCCUGCGAGGCUGGCGGCUUGGUCGGCGGCUGGGGAGCGCAGAGCGAGAUUGCCAACGACGCCGCCCACGGGGCCGAAGCUGGUUGGCGAUAUGACCCUGAAAGCCUGGCCGACGAGUGGGAGCCCAAGAUUGAGAUUCUCACCAAGGAGGACAUUGAGAAGAGGGAAGGUGACCGCGAGCGGCAAAUCCGCCGCCUGCGGCGCGAGACGGCCCGCUUCAGCUCUACGACAGGUCUCGUGGGCGGUAUUCCCUUCUCUGGCUUCGGCGGCAUCGUCGAUGCGGAAGAGGAGCGCAUGGGCAGAGGCGAGCGGUCCAAGAAGAAGAAGCGGUUCCGCAGUCUGAGCCCACUCGGUCGCUCGGGCACGCCAGGCGGCCGCGAGAGGUUGGCGUGGAAGUGCUAUCACUGUCACAUGCCAGGAACCAGCGUCUGGGCUGUACGAGACGGCCCGACGGCGCCAAGAUCUCUAUGCCACAACUGUGGUCUUCUGUACGAGCGAGACCGCGUCCUUCCCCGUCAGACUAGGCAUCUGCACUCAUCAGCCAACGCGCGCAUGGGAUAG